AUGGCUCUUGCCCUCUGCAAUUGCUUGGAGAAGAUGGUGAUUGGACCAAAGACCAAUUUUGGGCUGCCAUCAAAUUCGUUAAACAUACUUUCAGAUUCCAAUAACUCUAGGAUUUGCAAUUUGGAUAUUGGGUUCUGGGUUUUGAAUUUUGAGGGGUUACCAAUGGUGGAAACUGCUACCGUGAAGGAGAUUGUCUUAACUGUGGAAUUGAAAACCAAUCUCUUAGGUUUUAUAUUUACUUUAAUGCCUAGUGGAGGAUCUAUUUGA